CACACAGUUUAAAUAUGUGAAAUUAGUACAAAUCGUGAUUUCAACAGCGAACGACGAGCGGCGAACGAGCGUCGACGAAGUGGCGACAAAAAAAAAAGCUCGAGCGAGCAGCAACAACAACAGCAGCGAAGCAAUAGCCACAAGCAACAACAGUGGCAGCCACAGCCACAACAAGCUACCCCACAAUACCUACAGCAAUCACUUGUCCAACACAAAGAGAAGCAGCGAUAUCAACAGAUGCCACAACAGCAACACUGAGAGCAACUCCUAAGCCCACAAAUGAAACAACAACAAGACGCACAACAGCUCCAACUAUUGAAACAUACGCUAUAACUAUUACACCUGCACCUAUCACAACAACAAAAUCAACAGGUACUUAAAGCAAAAAACACCAACAAAAAAUUCAACAACCUAUUCAACAAUAGUCCAACACCUACACCAGUUAAGCCACAACACGUGGUGUAAAUCAAUAAAUACAAAAAAAAUAUAAAACCUACAACAACAACAGAUCAAACUAAUGCAACACCAAAACUUACAGCAACAACAUAAAACACACCAAUAACAAUCACCAACACCAAACAUAGUUAAGCCAACUAAAAUAGCAGUACACACUCCAACAAAAUAAGUAACAACAACCAGAACACCAACGAAUUCAACAACCAUUUAAAACCAAUAUUUACAACAACCAACAUUGAUGUACGUUGGUGUGAGUUGCUCGAGUGGCAGCAACAACAACAUGCAAUAAAACAGCUGAUAGCUGAUAGCCACAACAACAACAAAGCCUGGCAUUAUCAAGCGAGCAACAGGUCGCGAAAAAAAAAGCCCGCCUGCUGCAGCACUCACACCACACACACACACGCAGACACACACACAGAGAGAAGAGCGGGUGUAUGUGAGAGAGAGAGGCAAAAGGCGAGUCGCACACCUUUACAUUGAUUUUGGACGAGGCGACGUCGCUCGCAGGCUGGCGCUCUCGCUACCUCUCCCUCUCCCAGUCCCUGGCCCACCGUCUCUCCUUCUCUCUCUCUCGCACAAAGUGCAGCUGAGCUGCCGCCGCUGCCGCCGCCGCACUUGCCGCUGCCACAAAUACAACACGACCAGCUGAAACGCUCAACGCUCGCCGCCGCCGCUGCUGCCGCCAGUCGAAAGUCAAAAGCAACGUGUUGUGGACGCUUUUUUCGUCGCGUCGUUGCGUUGCGUUCUCUCGCUCUCUCUCACUCCUACUCCUAUCACCUAUACACCACCCACUCAACCACCCGCAACCCGCCACCAACCGACACCACCCGCCACCUCCCCCUUCGGUCGGGAUAACUUUCACCAUACACCAACAACAACAACAAUGUCCAGCAGCGCAGCCGCAGCGCAAUUCAAGCUCGAUGCCAACUCCAAUGCCAUUGCUUUAAUAGCCGAUGUUGCCUCGCUGCCGCUGGCACUUCCCCUCUCGCCCACGUCCACGACCACGCCCACUGCAACGGGAGCGUCAGCAACGGCAACAGCAACAGCAACGCCAGCGGAUCGCGUUGAAUGGUCCCGCUCCACGAUCCUCAACUUUAUCGAGGACUAUCGCCGGCAGCGAGUCCUUUGGGAUCCCAACACGAAGGGCUACCACAUCAAGCAGACCAAAUACGAGGCCCUCAAACUCUUGAGCCACAAAUAUGGAACGGAAAUAAGAUCAAUACGAUCCAAAAUCAAGUCCCUGCGCAGCUCAUUCCAUCGGGAACAUGGCAAGGUCCUGAGCGGACGCAGUCGCGGAGUUAUCUACCAGCCCAUGUGGUUUGCCUACGAAGCCAUACGCUUUAUCCUCGACGGCGAACGGGAUCAGGAUCAGGUGGGUCAGGAUCAAGAUCCAGAUGGCGAGGCGGAUACGGAAGCGGAUGAAAAGCUAACCCUGAUGCACAGCCUGGACUUGGAGCAACUGAAGGCGGACAAGCUGGUGGACCGGGACAUCAUCAUGCAGGUGGAACAGCAGCAGCAGCAGCAACACGAUGAGCUUACCGCUCGGAUUGCGGCCACUGUGGCCGCCGUUGCCGCUGCUGCGGCCGCUGCAAAUGCCCGGGAUCGGGAGCGGGACGGGGAUACCGCUGGCAGUGAUAUGAUGGACCCCGCUCGGGAAAUGGAACUCGAGGAGGCGGCGGCCGGUGGCGCCUUAAUCGAAUCCUCCUCGGCGGCUGUGACACGUUCCUCUUCCGAUUUGGAUGGCGAGAAUUACUGCAAUAUCAGCGCCGAAGAUGUGAAAACAGAAAUUAUCGAACACGAAUCGGAGCUGGGGAUGCUGGAUCGACGGACGAGCACGCCGUCGCCCAUAAAUUACUACAAGCCGACGGAUCUAACGUACAACCACCGCAAGCGCAAGGCGAUGGGCGUGGAGCACGUUGUGGGCGCUUUGACAUUGACGCCCAUCAAGGCGGUGGGCGGAGCGGCGGGGUCGGGGACGGGAUCGGGCGGAUCCGCCGGCCAGCAGCAGCUCGCGUUUCAGGCGCUCCAGCAGCACUUUAACCACAAUCAUAGUCUCAGCCUGAGCCAUUGCAACGGGCAACCGCACAACCACCAACACCAACAGCAUCAGCAGCAGCAACAAUCGUUGCAUCUGCAGCAGCAGCAGCAGCAACAGCAACAACAUUCCAGUAACAUGGCACACAAACGUGAUCGUGAUCGUGAUCUCUCAACGUCAAAUGGCAACAGCAACACUAACUGCAACAACAACAACAGCAACAACAACAACAACAACAGCAGCAGCCACAACGCCAGCAACAUUUCGAUGGACCCAACAGCAACAUCCAGCAAUUGCAGCUCGAGCAGCAACAGCGGUGCCACGCCCCCCAAACUGCUCAUCGGGGGUGGUGGUCUGAGUGUCAAUCAUGUGGACGAAUAUGGGGUAUUCGGGGAAUACGUGGCCAUUACCAUACGCAAACUGAAGACAUCCAAAUCGAAGAUAGUGGUGAAGCAUCUGAUCAACAAUCUCCUUUACGAAGCCGAGCUGGGUAAAUAUGAUCAUGGGAUGCCGGCCAGCAAGGAACCACCGCAGCUGUACAAUAUGCAAUAAAACUAGAGAAUACCAGGGUCAGGGGUCAGGAUUCGAUAAUAGAUAAGUCCGCCAAUACAUCUAUAAAGAGAAACUAAACGGGGGAGAGACAACGCACUAGUCAGCAAAGCAACAAUGGGUCAAAACCAGAGCCAACAAUUCUAAAAACCGGGGUUUUUAUAGUAUCACGGGGUAGCGGGGGACAUGAGCAUUUCAUUCAGGGACAAAGACCAUAUAAGUACUUUAUCUAUAUACAUUUAUAAACACAUAAACGAUAUCAGUGAGUAUAUCCGAAGUCAGUCAUUCAAAGGAGUGCAGUUGAAGUAGGGGGUGAAACAAACAUACCAUUAAUUAAAUUGAAUUAAUUAUAAAUGCUUUACGUUAAAUGUGUACUUUUAUGAACACACACACACACACCCAUAAACACAUACGCAUAUGUAUGUAUUCUACGUUUAUAAAUAUAUUUUUAUGAUGAUCGUUUUUUUAAUUUCACCAGCGUUAUAUUUUUGAUUUUCGUUUUAUUAUAUUUACAUUUGGCAAUAACACUUUGAACUCAGGUGCCUUUAUUUUUUUAGUCAUUUAAGCCUUGUUAUCUUAUGCAUAAACGCGAAACGGCAAACAAACGCGCAAAUGAUUGCAAAAAAUCGACAUGUAAAGCAAAUAAAUGAAGCCGUAACAACAUGUAAAUUUAAUUAACUUUUUAUCACAUAUGCAAAUCCAUAUGUAUAAACUUAACUCUGUAAAUAGUCUAAAAAAAAUGAGAAGCGAGAAUAAUGAAACAUGAAAUGUGCAAAUCUUAAUUUUUGUUAUGCAUAACUAAUUUGAAUCGAGCGAAGGGCUCCAAAUAAAAAUGCAGAAAUGUUGAAUUUCAUUUUGAAAAUGA